CUUAACUUUUUGGACCAGAAACGAAGCGGUUGGCCGAUUUUGGAGAUGACUGGGGGAUUGGACAGGAAGUUUGAACCGGAUUGUUGUUUUAUAAAUUGACAUCCUUCGCACAUCGCCCCGUCGCAAGCUCGUGCAUAGCAGCGUAUUUGGUGAUUUUUAUUCAACCUUUUCGUUUCUAUCUUUACUUUUAUUUUAUUUUGUCAAUUUCCCUCAUCCUUACCUUUGUUCCAUGCUCCGCGAUUUCCUCCCUCUGGUUUCGUAAUCUUCUGUGGGAAACAGUCACUCGCAUUUGUUACGUGUGCUCUCCUCGUCCCCCCCGCGAUCUUGGUGAUUAAUGGCGUCCGAGGUCAGCAGUUGCACAUUAACCAACGGCGAUUCAACGCCCGAGCCCAGCUCUCCCGAGAGCCCGCGGCCCGCCAACGCCACUAUCGCUACUUCUCCAUCAACGAUCAAGAAGUUCUGGUUUGAUCCCGCAGUCAUGGAGAGGUCGCUCGCGGCUAAGCCUCGCGAUCAGGCAACUGCUCAAGAACAAGCAACAACCCUUGCCCAGAAUCAAGCCAACCUUCUUUCUCUGUUAUGCCUUAUCGCCGGCUCCGUGCUAGCUUCGUCAACAAAUCAGAAUGCUGCGGCAAAUGAGGGGCCACUGCAGCUGGAACUAACGCCCAAAAAUGCCGUGGUGCCUGACCCUCCGGUGCUGGUGCCCGAGGAUUAUGUUCAGCCCAGUGAAGUCUCUCCGGCGCCGACAGCUGGCGAUUCAAAAGCAAGCGACGCUGAAACUGUUCCCAACCCUGAUCAAAGCAAUGCAGGUGUUUCCAAAGAGGGCUCUUCUCCCCAAACACAAUGUGAUUGCUGCGCCAACAAGGAAAAGGCCAACGAACAGGCAGCAUCUGUCAAGUCUUCAAGCAGUGUAACCCCGAUUGCUCUUGCUGCAGAUCAAGCUCCAGAGAGUCAAGAGCCAGCAACCCAAGAAGCUUCACCCAAAGAGACGGCGGUAGCAGUUACUGAUGAAGUGGCCGCGGGCAACCGAAAAGCUUCCGAGGGAGAUGCCACUUCAUCGGGUGCGGGGAAGACCGAACCGGUUGACCAGUCCGAGCCCGCUACUCAAAUAAAAAUAGAGCAAGCCGUCACUCCAAACGAGACACCCAAGGAGGACCCAUCCAAGUCGGAUGAGACUGCUUCAGAUGGUACGCCCAAAAGUUCGGAGCAAGACCAGACUUCCGAGAAGCCAGCUGCUGUCGAAACUACUGAGCAGCCGUCAGCCGUGCAAGAGCCCACGGAAGCCCCCGAGAAUGCGACGCCAGCAACUCCUGAGGCAACCAAGACAGAGACAGCAAAGGCGGAAGAGGCCACGAAAACGGAGCCUGCAACUACUGAGGAAGCAAAGCCAACCCAGCCAGUAGCCGAUUUGAAGCUGCCAGACUGGUUCUUGGGUAAUAACGUUGUAUUUUAUGAAGAUUUGAUCAAGCAGCCAUCAUCUCUCGAAUUGGUGGAUAUAAAGUCUCCCGCGAAAGAUGAAAACAACGUCAAGCAAACAAUUGCAAACAGUGCGAGCAGCGAAAAUGACAAGAAGACCAUCAGCAACCCCAAUGGCGCUGCAUCUGACCCGGCGACUUCUACUGGGUCCUCGGUAAACUCCAAAGGCUCCAACCCGCAGGAGAAAACUUGCACAUGCGCUUGUAAACCCGAAGCAGGAGAGUCGGAAGCCGGCCAGGUGCCAACAUCGGAGGAAAAGCCCAAACCCAGCCCAUCUCAAGCAUCCAAGCCAACCUUCCAGUUGCACCGAGAGCUAUAUGAAGAGGCACUUGAUCUGAUAACCACGCCGUUACAACCUCUCACCAUCAAGGAAAAGGCGGACGGCACAAGGGUGGCACCUCCAAGAGACUGGGUUACAACGUCGACCUUUCUUUUCCAAUCCCCAAAAGAUGGCUCACUUGGGUUCCUUGACGAAGUCAUGCGUCAGCUUGGCCGAGAUACCAAGGCGGAUAUGAUUACAAUUGAUCUUGAGGAUCUUGAGGACCUAUGCCACCAUUUUUGGAAAGACUCGGAUGAGGUUCGAGGCGUGUCACCCAUGGAACUCACCAGCAUCACCCGUCUGGUAGGCGCAUUUUUUGGAUACAAUACUCCUGAGGAGAACUCCAAGAAGGGAGUUGCAUGCAUCCUGAAUGCGGCAGAGGCCAAGAGAGAGUCCAUGUCCAAAUCUGGGGGAUCAAAUCAGAAUACUUCAGCAGCACAAAGUACCACCACUCUUAAAACGCCUGAAGCGAAUUCAGUCAGCAAUGGGCUUAAGCAGCCUGUAGACGCAAACGCCUUGGCAGUAGAAAUACUACAGAACGGAGUCAAAAACGCCUUUGACUCGGCGAGCUUGAUCUUGCAAGAGGCCAUCGCGGAAGCAUUCGCGCGCGCAUUCACACCAGACGCGGCAUCAAACAAUAACAAAGCCCAAGCACAAAACUCGGAAGCAAAAUCUUCAAACGGCCAGGGUCAGACAGAAAACACAGCGAAGGCAUCAGAGCCCGCAACGGAUGCCAAAUCUUCGUCAAAACAUAGACCCCUCAUUCUUGUCUUCCGUGGUGUUGAUUCUCUGGGUAAAAUGACCCCACUCCAGCGCCUCGCAAAUGGCAUUAAUGAUGCACGACGAGAUGAAGGGCGACCCAUUAUUCUCAUCGGGACAGCGGUUUCCAACAGCACUGCAGACAACAAACCCACUGACGGAAUCAGCAAAGCCUGGGAUGGGCUUGAGAUUUAUGAAAGCUGCAUCGUCAACCUCGCCCCACGUAAUACAAGGCGUGCAGCUGAGGCUCUGAAGCAGAACAGCGCACGGGCAAAGCCCAAAGACAAGUGGCGAGUGUUGCGUCGUUCGGUGCGUGUCACGCUGGACCACCACCCAUCGGUGAGCACUGCUGCUCUAUACCCGUCUGGUCCGCCUUCAGGAGAGCAGGUUGUCAACGAAGUUGAGGACGAGGAACGCAGGGAGAUGCUCGCGAAUUGGGACGAUAAGUUGUCCGAACGCGUUGUCAGGCAGGUUUCGGCACGGGCUGUCAAGACCGGUGCCGUGGCUCCCUCCGAUAUCUUUGAUGUCAUGCAGCGGGUGCUGAGGAACAAGGCAAUAUUUGAAAAGAUGAACGAUGCGGACGAUGACGAAUAUGUUAGUGAAGAGGCCGACAGUGAAGAGGGUGCGGUGCAAGUUGGUGGUCCUCCCAAAAAGUCCAAGGUCAAGCCAUUGCUAGACAGCAUCACUGCGAGCUGCUCUGAAUCGGAGAAGGAGUACUUUGAGUGUGUGGUUGACACUGACGCCGUCUCUUCUGAAGCCCAAGGAAUUCACAUGGAUCAGAGCCUCAUCGACAGUCUUAAACAACUGCUCGACCUUCGUCAAACUAAACCCUACGGAAUUCUCGCCAAGGAAGCAGUUAAUGGCGCUAUCCUGUACGGCCCUCCAGGCAACGGCAAGACACAUCUGGCACGUGUUGUGGCUGCAUCUGCGGGCACAAAUCUGAUCGUGGCAACGCCUGCCGACAUCCAGAAUAUGUGGGUCGGCGAGACGGAGAAGCGAAUCAAGGCCCUGUUCUCUCUUGGCGUCAAGCUCGCGCCGUGUGUCAUCUUCCUGGACGAGGGCGACUCCGUCUUUGGCAAGCGCAGCGGCUUGGAUCACGACUGGCAGCGCAAGGCUAUGAGCCAGUUCCUCAUGGAGAUGGACGGACUGGUCAGCCGCAAGAAGGCGCCCUUUCUCAUGGUGGCCACCAACCGACCCGGCGACAUUGACGACGCCGUGUGCCGCCGACUGCCGCACUCGCUGCACAUCGGCAUGCCCACGGCCGCAGGGCGCCGGGCCAUCUUGGACAUUUACCUCAAGGACGAGAAGCUCGACCCGGCGUUGGACCUGGAAGAGGUGGCGAGCGAUAGGAUGACCAAGGGCUUCUCUGGGUCCGACAUCCGGACGCUGUGCGUUCAGGCCGCGAUGGUGGCGCACAAGGAGCUUGUGGCCGAGAACAGGAAGAAGGAUGAUGAGGCCGAUGGUGACGUCGCUAGGGGGUCAGAGAAGAGGGUCAUUACAUUGGAGCAUUUCAGAAAAGCACUCGAGAGGACGAGACCAUCGGUCACGCGCGAAAGCCUGAUGGAGAUUGAACGCUUCACGGGCCAGAAUGAGCAGGGUGAUCAUCAGGCGAUGUAUAUCUGAUCCCUAUACGAUUUAACUCUCCAUCAUUUCUUUUCCCUUUGGGUUGCUUUGUUUGGGAUCUCGGUGUUCUCUAGGUGGCGUUGUAUUUAUUUAUCUUCAGCGUUAGUCUUCUCUCCUCGUCAGCAGUAUAUAUACUCCUAAGCCACUCAGUUUGACCAAGUCUGGAGCCAAAUGAGAUGUGCGCAAAGUUUGCAAAUCAAA